CAAAAAAAGCAAAAUCUGAAAACUCUUUCUUUUUUCCAGUUUCCACUUUCCUACAUGACAGUCACGUGUGCUUUGUUACCCUUUUCUCACUUUCUCAGUAAAAUCUCAAUCAAUCCAAUUUUAAGUGCUCAUGUGCAAGUACAAAGUUAGCCCAUUUCUCAAGUUUCUAUCUUUCCACUAACCAACCAUAAAGUUUCAAAUUUUAUUUACUCUCUAGCCAUAGCCAUUGUUGUAGAAAAUUCAAAUGGAUGGUGAAUACAACUUUUCUUCAAUGUCCUUAACAUCAAAACCUUCAUUGGAGAAACAAAUGAUUCCCAAAUCACCACUUCCAGGGUUUGUAGAUUUUCAUGGGAAGAGAAAACAGAUCGUAAAGAUUCAAGCUUUGGAAAGAGAAAUAAAUUUGCUUCAGGAAGAGUUAAAAUCACUAGAAGGUCUUCACUCAGCUUCAACAUGCUGCAAAGAGCUUGAUGAUUUUGUAGGCUCAAUUUCAGAUCCCUUCACACUCACAGGAAAGCACACAAUCUCUGAAUCUCAUUACUUCAAGAAGCAGAUUAGUCUUCCAUGGAUAUGCUGUUCCUGCAAAUGCUAUCUUCAUAAGAAAGUUGCAAGAGGUUGUUGUUCAUGCUGUUCAUCAUCAAACUUCAAAUGUUUUGGCAGCAGUUGCUUGAAGAGUACUAGAUUGUCCAAAAUUGUUGCUAAGUUUUGAAGUUGUUACACACAUCUUGUGUUUGAUGUUGUUGUGUUAUUCUUUGUAAAGUAUGGAUCUAUGUUUUGAUUGUUUGAAUUAUUGGGUAUUGUUAUAUACAUUUUAUGAAUAA